AAAACAAAAACUGUUUUUAAAGACGCCUGCUCUUUUUGUAUAAAUUCGAUCCCCAAGAUCCGCGCAUUGUCUACGACCAAAGCAGAACCGGACGGCAAAACUUGAGAAAUGUCUAUAAUAAUCUUGUUUCUUGUGGUGCUGAGCGGCACUCUGGCCCAACAUGCCCCGAACACGGCUGACAACAAACAGGCCAUCGUGCACCUGUUUGAGUGGAGAUGGGCUGACAUCGCCGCGGAGUGUGAGAGGUUCCUCGGACCCUACGGCUUCGGAGGUGUACAGGUGUCGCCACCGAACGAGAACCGUGUGGUCUCCAACCGUCCCUGGUGGGAGCGCUACCAGCCAAUCAGCUAUCACCUCAACACCCGCAGUGGCAACGAUGAGGACUUCAAGGACAUGGUUCACCGCUGUAACCAGCAGGGAGUCAGAAUCUACGCGGAUGUCGUCAUCAACCACAUGUGCGGUGCCGGCGGCUCGGGACACGGCACGGCCGGGAGUCACUUCAACGCCGACAGCCUAGACUUCCCGGGCGUCCCCUUCGGACCCAAUGACUUCAACGACUGCGGCACGUGCGGCACCAGCGACUGCAACAUCCACAACUAUGGCGACGCUAAUCAGGUACGUAACUGCCGCCUUGUCGCCCUGCUGGACUUGAAGCUCAGUAGCGACUACGUCCGUGGGAAGAUCGCGGACUACUUGAACUACAUGAUCUCCAUCGGAGUUGCCGGCUUCCGUGUCGAUGCCGCCAAACACAUGUGGCCGGGAGACAUGGCCGCCAUCUUCGGCCGGCUCAGCGACCUCAACACCGCCUACUUCCCGUCAGGCUCCCGGCCCUUCAUCGCCAUGGAGGUCAUCGACCUGGGUGGAGAGGCAAUUUCGGCUUCAGAGUACACCCAUAUGGGGAGGAUCACAGAGUUCAAGUACAGCGCGCAGAUCGGAUCCGUCUUCAGAAAGCAGAACGGGCAGAAGCUGUCACACCUGGGGAACUUCGGCGAAGGCUGGGGUAUGCUGUCUGACAACAACGCGAUGGUGUUCGUGGACAACCACGACAACCAAAGGGGCCACGGGGCAGGCGGGUCGUCCAUCCUCACCUUCAGAGACAGUAGGCUGUAUAAGAUGGCCAAUGCUUUCAUGCUGGCGUUCCCGUACGGCUUCGUGAGGAUGAUGAGUAGCUUCUACUUUGACAACACUGAUCAGGGGCCGCCAGCCGACGGUAGCGGCAACAUUAUGGGGGUGUCCAUCAACAAUAUGGGCACGUGUGACAACGGAUGGAUGUGCGAACACCGCUGGCGUCAGAAUCGCAACAUGGUGAGGUUCCGUAACGUGGCAGCCGGGCACGGCAUGUUCAACUGGUGGGACAACGGCAACAACCAGAUUGCCUUCUCCAGAGGAGACAGAGCUUUCAUCGCCAUCAACAAUGAAGACUGGUCGGCACUGGACGCGACCCUGCAGACAGGACUCUCAUCUGGCGACUACUGUGACGUCAUAUCCGGUGAUCUUUCUAACGGAGGCUGUACGGGAAAGACCAUUACUGUGGGCGGGGACGGCAGGGCUCACAUUUACAUCGCAGGUGAUGACGAGGACCCAAUGAUCGCCAUCCACGCAGACUCUAAAGUCGGCAGUGGCAACGGAAUCGACCCAGGGGUCGUAGAUCCAGUGCACCCAACGCAUACGCAUCCUACGCAUCCUACCCAGGUCAGCCCGACAGGAACAGAGAGGACAAUUGUUUUCAUCAAGAAGCAGACGUCAGUCGGACAGGACCUGUUCCUGAGAGGAGGCAUUGGACACGAAGUUAGACCAGGAUGUACAAGUGACGCAGUGUCAAGCCAAUGCGCCAUCCCCAUCUCACAUAGAAUCGGAGGCACCAACACCAACUUGAACUCCUGGAAACAGGGGGACAACCAUCUGGACUGGUAUGGUGUCGAGAGUGGACAGGGCUAUGGUGCACAGGGUAGUCCUCUGGCCUGGACUACGAGUAACCCCAACAACGCGGCUACAGUCAGCUCCCAGGGGUACGGCUACACACCACUCAACCAGUGGGGGGACCACUACUGGAUGCUAGACGUGGAUAUGGACUGUUCGCGAACAGAAAACGGUUGGUUUGAGGUGAAAGCCAUUGUCGGUUAUUCUGGCGGUGGUGUGCAGUGGGAGAGUGACCGGAACCAGGGGACGUGUGGUGGGACGGCGGGCGGGACCAAGCCCUACUCCUCCGGUAACCACUUCGCACGCUGCGGCAAGAUCAACGUCUUCGACUUUGACGGCAACACUUGUACAAUCGACGAGUUUUGAGACAAUUGGAAAAUAAACGAAUGAUACUUCUGCUGAUUA